AAAGAUGCAAAAUAAUUGUCAAAAACACUUUCAAAGCAAAGUUCAAAAGAUUACCUAUACAAAAAAAUUUAUACAAGCUUUUAUGUUUUUGACAAAAAAUAAUUUUGACCAAAAAGCAAUCACGACAACUGACGACAACACGAAGCAAAGAUGGCUGCACCAAUAUUGGAACCAAUUAGAAUGGUAAAAAUGCCUUCGACGGCUUCAAGUGCGAGUGAAACACAGAGCAGAAUUCAUGAAAAAGUUCAUCGCUUUAAAUCUGGAGACAUCGCAGACCCUUUGAAAGUCUUAGAGCCGGAAAGGAAGAAAUUAACAUCACUUGAAUCUCAACGCAUUAUGGCUGUUUUGGAGGACACCAUACGUCGUAUUGAAGUUUCUACAAUCCUGCCAUUUGUAGUGGAAAAUCUGGGCCGAUUUUCUAUCUUACUCGGAGCAGAACUUACGCACUUGUUACGAGAGCAUGACAGUUUACAAGGACGCUAUCAAAAGGCUGUUUCUCAACUUCAUUUGGACGAAAAGAGACUUGCAAGUUUACAAGAGAAAUUUGAUCAACAGAAGAAAGAAAAAGAGGCCGAGUUCUUCUUGUAUGACGAACAGCAGACCCUCGAUGUACAAAAUGAUGAUGGUUUAUCUGCUUUAGAUGUAAAUCUAGCAGAUGGCAAGGUUAAAAAGGAAGAGAAAAUGGUUGAUUUUUUAAGAGGACAACUGCAACAGUCACUCAGAACCAUUCUGCGGCUUUUUGUUCGAAACCCAACAGCCUUAGAUGCCUUGAGAAACGAGAAGAGGGAACGUUCACCGGAAGCAAAGGAGAUGUUGAUGCAGCUUGAUGCUUUGAAAGGAACUUUGUUUGAACGUUUGUUACGGACGCCAUCUGAACUAAAAGAGAGAGAUAGUUAUCUGAGAUUUAUAACUGAACGAGAGAGGAAAUUGAGCAAGCAGGCCAAGAAAUUACAAGAUGAGUUGAACAUUGCAACUGAAGAUAAAGAGAAUGAGUUGUCGAAACGUAAUGAAGUUAUACGGAAAAUAAAGUUUGAUAUCUUCCAUGUUGAGCAAACAUCAAAAGAGACAAACCAGCAAGUCAUUAACGAAGCAACGAAGGAGCAACUAGCGGAAGAGAAGAACUCUGAGGGCAAGAGGUUGAGAUUGCAGCAAGAUAUAAUUGAAGAGAAGAAAUUGAUUGAAACUUCGAUUGGGAAACAUCGCGAAAAUGAGCUUGCACUUCGUAAGAAAAAGUACAAGGUUGAAACUGAGGUAGAAAACUGGAUACAGAAAUAUGAUACUGAUAUGGGUGAACGGCAGAAUGAAUUUGAUCAGUUGGAUGAGAUUUAUACUGAAGAGAAGAAACAACUGAAUGAACUGGAAGAACGAUUUCGGACGAUGGAGAAAGAAUAUCAGGAAAUAGUGGAGCAGAAAAAGAUUGCACGAGAGAAAGCAGAAGACGCAAACAGGGAACUUCAAGCUAAAAUCAAGGCAGCCACUUUAAUACAAUCAUUUUGGCGAGCAUUGAAGGCAAGAAAGCAACUUAAGAACAAGAAGAAAAAAGGGAAAAAAGGAAAGAAGGGAGGAAAAAGGAAAUGAUAGAAUAUUGUGUUGCGAGUAAUUGGACUUUGUUAUCCAAAUAUACUGUUCAAACUGUAGAUUUGAAAUCACUUUAGAGCAGGCAUGCAGUCCAUUAGAGUUGGUGAAAGAUCCAUCAUAGUUGGAUUCAAAGAAGAGCAGAUGGGUCUUGGUGAAUGAGCCUAUGUAGUUAGUUCUUAUAAAUGGCAUUAUCUACACCUUGAACUCUUUGUAAUAUUACUUGAAAUAAUUUGUUAUAUAAUUUCACUAUCUUUUGCAUGUGGAGUUUAAAACAAAGUCAUAAAUGUAAGAUCAUAUCUGU